CGAGGAUAUUUCUUUUGAUGUACACACGUUCGUAAAGUCAGUGCGGAAAAAUGAAUUCUCGAAAACAGCAAAAAAUGAAACUAAAUAAUUUUUUGAGAAACUAUGGUCUUAUAAUGGGCAAGAAAAUGGAUAGAUGACAGACAUACAAGUGCAGGUUCUGCUCUGUUGUUAAACUAGUUGAGAAUUUAAGAUCCUCGGGAAUAGACGCCGCGUGGUCCCCACACAUUAGAGCGGCAGCGACUGACUUCGGCAUUUACACGGCGUCAGUUGCGCUGUCGCGGGUUGCAGGGGGAGCGGACUGACGCCAAAAAUAUGAAGGUGGGAUAUUGAAGUCAGUGCUGACGCGACAGUACUGUAUAUACUCAGGUAACAACAACAACAACUUCAUCAAAUCAGCCAUUAUUAUUGCCAUAUCACAAACAAUGUUGCUAUGAACAAAUUUUGUAAAUUCUUCAAUUUUCAUUUACAUAAUAAUAAUUGUAAUAACUUCUAAACGGUUCUAUAAUUAAUAAUUAAAUAAUUCUUUAAAAAGAAAACAUUUUUAAUAAUAACCAUAAUAUAACCAUAACCAUUAGAACGUCAAACGCAGUAGUAGUGACAUCUAUGAUAUCACAUAGCAGUAAUUUUAUUACAAAAUCUUUUAGGAAUCGCUAAAUAGAUUGCGCUAGUUUCCAUACAAAAUGAGACUGGUUUAUACCAAACCACUGGUUUAUACCAAAACAGAAAAAACCGAAUGUCGAUUUUCAAGGGUGAUAUAUCGAUUCAGUGAAUCGACUCAGUACUUCAUAUCGAUUUAAAAAAAACGAUAUUUUUUGCGAUUUAAAAAAAAACGAUUUUUCGAUUAAUCGAUCUCAGAUCGGCAUCCCUAUUUAAGAACUACAGAGCAUCUGUAUCUUAAAUCUUAAAUAUCUCCAGAAGAUAAAAUGAUGCCAAACCUUGAACUUCUUUGCUUAACAUUCAAUGCUUAAUAGUUUUAAUCUGUUUAAAUCAUGACUUAAUAAUGUACUAUUUCUACAAGGGGAACAAAUUGUUCUUAUACAUUAUCAGUAAUUUUUUGAAAGCGUCGGUAAAACAGCACAGAAGCUAUUGUGUGUUUGUGUGUGUUAGUAAAAAAUACCUCUAUCGUCGUAUACAUAUACACACUGAUACACACCAAUAACAAAAUAUUGUUGCACACAAAUGUUAUUUGCAUGUUGGUUUUCGCGGUACUGACAGAGCGUCGUUGAAUUUAAUUUCUUUUAUUACAUUAAAGUUGGAACAAAUACCACAAUCUAAAUAUUUUUAAUAGGUAAAUAUUUUAAGAUAAACCGUUAUCGUUCUUAGCGCAAACCAGGAAUGUGAAAUAUGAACUGUUAAAUAUCGUUUUGCCAUGAUUAAAAAUGUGAUAUGGCGCGCGUGAGAUAGGGUGCAUUUGCUGUUUCCUCGUCACAAAUGGGGACUUUGUACGAGCGAUAAUUGGACGUUGCUAUUAAUAGUUAAUGUUUCUGAAUUUGUUUAUUUUGUGCUUUAUUAAUCUGUAAUUAAAAUAUUUCUAUCUCCUAUAAUGUUCGUGUAAAAAAAGAAACCAAGUUUCGUUUGUGAUUGUUCUACCAAAGAGACUAUAGCAUUGCAGUUGUUGAGGCGGAAAUUACCCUUGUUGUGGUCAUAUAUUGGCAUAAAGCGAUGGUGAGUCUUGCAGUGUAGUUUUUAAUUCAUGAUUUUGCCUAAUUGUGAACACAUCUGUAGUGAAUUUUGUUCAAAUAUUAAAAUAACCUAUUUUUUUGUGAAUUCAAACUUCAUUUUGUUUCUUUUGUUUCAGCCAUCAAUCAUAGAGUGAUUGUGAUGAUAAGAAUAGAUAGAAACUAUAUAGCGUGGCUUUUGUCAUAAUUAUUAGAUGUUAAAUUGCAAUAAAAUGUUUAAAUUUGUUACUAUUCAUAUUUCGAUUUUUCUCUCAUAAAGGUUAAACAUAAUCUUUGACUGUGUAUUUCAAUGAAUUAUGAUUGAAAUGGACGAAUCUGAAGACAAUAUGAGUGUCGAAGAUACUGAAGUGGGAUCUACAUCGUCAUCUAUUAAGUCGAAACAGAAGAAGAGGUCCCUUGUUGAACGGGAACUGGAAACCAAUUUGACAGCUCAUGUUACUUCUCCUGUGACAAUAAGUGAGGCCUUUAAUACUAGCCGUUAUGGUAGAGCACUUCGUUUGAAAACAGGAUUAGAAAUGACGGACUCGGAGAAAAUUUUAAAGUGUAUGAAAACACCAGCCGUAGAAAGGACCCCAACAAAAAUUCCAUUGUCACCAGUUUAUAAAAUGCAUGCUUCCAAUUCACCUAUAAAAGGAGAUAUGUUGGUUAAUGUUAAAUCAUUUGAAUCCAUCUUAGAAAGUCAAAUUGAAAAUAUAUACAGUGAGAAUAAGUCAUUCAGCCAUUUUGAUUCUACUGAAAAGAAAAAAUCAUCUCCAGCUAAUUUUAUACCUAAACUUUAUGUCAGAAAAGAUUUAAUCCAGAAUAAAGUAAAAGAUAAAAGUGAUUUGUCAAAAAAUAUAUAUUCCUCAGGCAGUGCAAAAAAAUCAAAGAACAGCCAUUUACAAAACAUAUUGGAAAGGUCUUCUGAAAAGUAUAACAUAAAUAGUGGAAAAAAAGUCAUAAAAUCUGAUAUAAAAAUGAGCUCAUCAUCUGUUGUUAAGACACUCGAUUUUGAUAAUAAUAAAAAUAAAAGAUCCAGUAGUAAUAAAAUUAGUGUCUCUAAAAGUGACAUGUUUGAAUUGGAAGCCAAAUGUGAAUUCCAAGUCGGAGACUUGGCUUGGGCAAGAAUGGGAACUUACCCGUUUUGGCCAUGCAUUGUCACAAGAGAACCAUCUAGUGGAAUCUUUGUUAGAAAGAAGUUGUUUGGGCGUGUUGAACAUGAUAUUAUACAUGUGACAUUUUUUGGUGACAAUGGACGUCGCAGUUGGAUGGUUGACAGUAUGCUGAGAAAAUUCCUCGGGCAGUUAGAGUUUGAGGCCACUAGAGAGCAUUUUAGUUUUUCGGCAAGAAAAAAGGACCCUAAAUUAUAUGCAGCUUUUUUUAUAUCGGAAAAAAAGAUGCCUCAGUGGUCCAUUUCUGUUGAAGAGGCUGAAACUCUACUACGCGAGCCGAAAAGACUUAGAAUUGAUAUAUUUAAUGACAUGCUGGCAAAAUCUCGAAAUGCAAAGUUAAUGAAACCAAAAAGUGCGAAUAUAACGAGAACUGGUAGUGAUGUAUCUUUAAGUGAGAGUUUGUAUGACACAUUAUUCUCUGAGAAUAAUAGAAGUUCUGAAGAUUUAGAUAGUUCUAGGAGUAAGACUAGAAAAUCUUUGGAUGUUUCAGAAGUAGUUACUGCAUGUCUUGAUAAUAUGGCAGCUAAAUCAGGAAUCACCAAAAUACAAAAACAAUCGCACAUGGAUAGAUGGCUUCAGAAAGCUAAAUCUAAAACCCCAGAGAAAUCACAAGUCAAACUCCUAGUGCCACUAAAAGAAAAAGAAAAGAGUAUAAAUUCAAAGAAGAAAAAAUGGGAAGCACCCAAAAAUGUCCUUAAAAAACCUUAUAGCUUAAGAAAAUCUCAUGAAUCUCAGAACUUAAUGUCUCAUCACAAUGAACAUGACUAUAGCAGUAAAAAUGAAACUGAUGUGAUUCCUGGAAUAACUUUUGGUAUUAUUACAAAGGUAGAGUCACUUAGAGAUAAAGUAUAUGAUGAAAUAGAUAAUAUGCAAGAUAAAAAUUUGGGCGAAAAUGAAAUUAAUGUUUGUGAGUCUCCAACUUUUACACAAGAUUAUGAAGAAGUAUAUUCUCAUGAAACUGAACAAACAGCUUCUUAUAAAAGUUUAGAUACACCUGAAAGUGUUCAAGAUGAUUCAGGAGCAAAUAAACUUGAAACUUUAGUUAGACAGGAAUGUCUCCAAGACAAUUUAGAAAAAAAUAUACAUGAAACUUUGAACAUAUCUGAACUUGUUCAUGAAAAAGCAGAAAAAAAUAAAAAUGAAACUUUAGAUACCCUUAAAUCUGUUCAAGAUGAACUAGAAAUAAAAAAAUAUAAUAUUCUGGAUAUCCCAGAAUCUGUUCAAGAUGAAUCAGAAAAAAAUAUAAAAACUUUAGACACACCUAAAUCCAUUCAAAAUCAAACAGAGAAAAAUACAUAUAAAAUGUUAGAUACGCCUGAAAUCGUUCAAGUUGAAUCAGAAAAUAAUAAAAUAAAAUUAGAUUCACCUGAAUCUGUUCAAAAUGAAUCAGAAAAAAAUAAAACAUCUUUGAAUAAGCCUGAAUGUGUUCAAGAUGAAUUGGAAAAAAAUAAAUAUGAAACUUUAUAUCAGCCUGAAUCUGUUCAAGUUGAAUCAGACAAAAAUAAAUGUGAAAUGAUACUUUCUGAACUUGUUCAAGAUGAUUUAGAAAAAAAUAAAGAAGAAAGCAUGAAAAGGCAACCUGAUAUUAAAGACACAAACGUCAACGACACAGUAGAAUUGAAUCAUAUAGAUUUUGUUUCUUCGACUUUGUCACUUCCUUCUAUGGACAAGGCUCGCAUUGUUAGGGCAAAUAAUUGCUACAACAUUAAUAUGGACACUAACAAAAUCGGGAACACCUUACCUUAUUUGGAUAUGAAUGGACAUUCAGAAGAAAACAUUCAUUUAGAUUUUGGCUUAGAUAGUCAACAUUGUAAAAAUAAUACAGUACUCAGUAUUAGUAAAAAUGCUGUUGGUAAUGCAGAGUUGGAAAAAGAAAUAGAUGCGCCUAACGAGACGAAUGGUAUGAAAAAUAAUGAGGUUGCUUUGUAUGGGCAAGAAAAAAAAUCUGUAAUUUUACAGUGUAACGGCCUAUACGAUUUAAACAUACCUAGCAUUGAAAAAUCGGAUACUGAAACCAGUUUUGAUAAUUCGUCUCAAAGUACUGAGGAAAGUGAUAUUACUAUCUGCUCUUCAGCUAAAACUCGCGUUCGUUCAAGUGCACAAAAAAAACGGAGUUUACGUUUAAAAAAACAGAGUAAACAAAAAUCUCCCAACAAUCAAGAUGAUGCAUUUGCCAAGUACGUAAAAUUACACAAAGAUGAACUAAUUGAUGAACAUCCGCAUUUGUCAGAAAAGGAAAUAAUGGAUUAUUUAUUUAAAACUUGGCAAUACCAAAAUGGCGACAAUUUGAACGCUCGGGUACUAUCUGUCAGUAAUGAUAAUACUAAAGAAGUUGGUAUUCAGAAUUUGAAAGAUAAAAUCGACAAUAAUAUUUCUAAAACGCCUAAUUUAAAAUUAAAUACUGCAAAAAGGAUUUGUGUUGUGAACUUGACUGAUAUACUUUUACAAAGUAACAUAAGUGUUGCAUUCAAAAACGGAGAAAAGUCUUGUAUUUGGCCAAUCAAUGAAUAUUCUAAAUGUACAAAUUAUAUAGAAACUGAUGAAAAAACACAUGGUAUUGAUGGCGCGAUUUCAAAUAAAUUAGACACAGAUAGUAAUGGCAUUAAUGCUUGUAAUAUUAACAAUGACAAUGUGUGUUGUGAUGACUUAAGUUUGAAAGUAUCAUUGAAUGGUACUGAAAAUAAUUGUACUAUAAAUGAUGACAAAAUGCAUAGUGAUAUAUCCAAAUUAUCAUCCAAUAGCAUAGUAAAUUAUGUCGAAACUAAUACAAACAUCGAUGAUAAAAGUAUUACAAAUAUUUUGAUUGUAGACAAUAGUAUAAAUGGUGAAGAAAGUUGUCACAUUAGGGAAUGUAUGCACAAUGAGAAUUCCAAGAAAGGAAAAAUCUCUGUUGUUAUGAAUAACGAAAAACCUGCAAUUGCUAUAGACAGGGACCAAAGCUUUGAUUCCUUAUCACAAACUUCAACUUAUUCAUCAGUUUGUCUACAAGAUAGUAAAUUGGAUGCAACAUAUAGUCAUAAAGACACACCAUAUAACGAAGGCAAUGUAUUAAGAUCCAUCGAUGAGAUUGUUAUUGAUAAAUUGUCCACCAAACCACUUAAUCCCAACUUGAACCAAAGCGAUAACUUUCAAAUAAAAAGUUGCAUUGAUUUAGCUUGCCAGGAUGUCAGCAAAGAAUUUCGAAUUAAUAAGGAUGUUACCGAAUUAUCAGAUUUGGAAAUUAGUCAAGUGAAUCCUAUGUUGACAUCAAAAAUAGAAAAUGAAUGUUUUGAUAACACAAUUUGUAUUGAUAAAGUGCAAAGUAUUAUAGAUAUAAAUAAUAGUGAAAACAUGCAAGUAGAAAAAAAUCAGUGUUCUAUAAACAUUUCUAGUGAUAAAGAAGAACUUGAUAAAGUAUGCCUUGGGAAAGAACAAAGUAUUGUAAGUAAUAUUGAAACGGAGGUAAUGUCUAGUAAAGAAGAGGUUAUUAUAAAUAAUAAUGGAACUGAGGGAAUAUCGAUUGCCAAAGAGCAAAGUAGCAAUGUCAACAAUAAUGAAAUUCAGGUAAUGUCUAAUAGUGAGAACAUACAAAUAGAAAAAAAUGACUGUCCUAAAAAUAUUUCUACUGGUAGGGAAGACACUAACAGAGAAUGUUUUGGGGAAGAACUGAGUAUUGUAAACAAUCGUGAAACUGAGGAUAUGUCUGUUAGUAAAGAACAGGUUAUUAUAAAUAAUAAUGAAACUGAGGGAAUUUCGAUUUCCAAUGAGCAGAUUAGUGCUGUCAACAAUAAGGAAACCAUGGAAAUGUCUUUUAGUAAAAAGCAAAUAGUUAUAAAUAAAAAUGAAAUCGAGGAAACGUCUACUACUAAAAAGAAUAGUAUUAUGAAUAAUGAAGAUUCUGAAGAAGUGUCUAUUGGUAAAAAACAAAGAAAAGAUGUUAUGUUAAAAAAUGGUAUUGAGGAAAUUUCUAUUGGCAAAGAUGCAAGCAGUAUGAAAACUAAUGAAACUCCUUCUAAAAGUGUACUAGAACAUGUUAAGCUAAACGGAUUUUAUUCUAAUGAUGACUAUACACCUAAUGUUAGCGAAGACGAAUUUAAUGCUGAGACGGCGUCUAUUUAUUCAGAAGAUAGCGAACCUUUGGCGAUUAUUAAAAAUAAAUUGCAAUCAAAAAAUCGAUAUAAAAUAAAGGAUAUCAAUAAUCCAGAUUUCAUCAAAUACAAGGAAUUACAUCAAGAUGCACUUAUGGAUGAACACCCAGAACUGAGUUAUGAUGAACUUGUUGACUAUAUGCAUAAAACGUGGCUAUAUGAAGAAAAUUCAAAAUCUGAUUUCAUGAAAACUGAUAGCUUGGAGCAGUCUGGAAUAGUAAAGGGUUUAAAUGAUAAUAUAAAGCAAAAGACCAUUAGAAACCAUUUCCGUGUGAGUAAAAAACGUAAACUUAGAUCCAGCUAUGAAGAUUCAAUAUCUAUAAGCUCUGAUAUUAGUGACUUUUCAGUAAAAAGAAACACGCGUCAGAGGUUCAGUCAGUCUCCAGUGGUUACAAUGGAAAAUAUUCAAAAUGACAUAAGCAAAGAGAGCAGCGUAGAAAGAAGAAUUUUGGAAAGAGAAGAGUCUGAAUCUGUAAAUUCUGAUUUUAGUGAUAAGUGUGAUGUGCAUCAGAUGCACAAUAAAAUACCAAAACCACCAAAAACAAGUAUUCUUUGUGAAAAUAACUUACCCAACAUCUCCCUGACACUUGAAAAUCAGUUGGAAAAUACUAAUGAUCAAAUCAAACAAAAAGAAGAGAAGGUGGUAUCUGAGGGAAACUAUUGUGAAAAGACAAAAUAUUUCAGUAUAUUCAAUAAAUCCGAAAGCGAACAUAAAAUUCAAGAUAUACAUUCUGAGUGUGACUUCAAAGUCAAACAGGAGUAUGAUCCUGAAACAGUCUCAAUAAAUUCUGAAGAUAGUGCAGUGUCUUUAUCUAAACGCAAGCAUCGCACAAAUCAGGCAAGCAAAGAUAACCCAGAAUUCUGUAAAUAUUUGGAGUUGAGGCAAGAUGCACUUAUUGAUGAAAAUCCAGAAUUGAGUCAGGAAGAAAUUAUUUCAUACUUGUAUAAAACCUGGUUGUACGAAGAGAGUGUGAAAUCGGACAUAAAAAAAAUAGAUGAAAUAGAACAGGCUAGUAUGAUAAAGGGAUUAAACACAGAUAUUGCUAAGCCAAAAAAAGUACGGAAAAAGAUGAAUACUGAAAAGGAAUUGACGGCUGAUGAGGAUACAUUACAAAAUGACAAGCCAAAACGUAAAAAUUCUCACCCUUAUUAUAUAGAGGAUGAGCUUUCUGAUUCAGAGGAUAUUGAAGUUUUUGAUAUUUUUAAAUCAAAGCAGAGACUUUCAACUGAUGAUAUAGAUAAUAUUAAUGUCGACGAUGAUAAAGACGAUGGAAUCGAUGAAGUAGAGUUGUACUUCAAUGAACUGACAAAACCAAAGCCUAAUGUGUUUAAGGGAUUAGUGAGGGAAAAAGUUUGUGAAAUUUGUGAAAGAACUAGUAACUUAGUGAAAUGUAAAGGUUGUAAUUGUAUGUUUCAUGUGGAAUGUGUUAAAAAAGAAACAGAAGUAAAGGUUGAACUUCCGGUACCAACAAGAGGUAGAAAGAAAAAGAAAAAACUUGGUCGUAAACCAAAGAAUCUCGACGAAUCUGGAAGUCACAGUGAUGAGAAAUCACAAGACGUUUCUGCGGAAAACAAUGUUUCAGUUGAAGAUAUGGUAGAACUGGAAUCUUACACAGUGGAUGCAGAAAAUUUCGAAUCCGUUUUAGAGGUUAAAAUGAAAGAAUUGAUACCAAUGACAGAAAAUUGUUACUCAUAUGCAACUUAUGAUGGCAUUAACUGGAAUGGAACUAUCGCUGGCAAAUGUGAGAUCGUCGACUUUAAAUUAACGCCAAAGAUAGAAACGGACUAUUCUGAUUUCAAAUGCAGAAACUGUCAACAACAUGCUAAACCUGUAUGUUUCGUAUGCAAGUCAGUUGUUUCCAAGACAGGCGUAGAGUACAGACAAAGAUGUCAAAUUGCACAUUGCUACAAGUAUUAUCAUAUGGAGUGUUUAGAUCAUUGGCCUCAGACUCAGUUUCAUGCAGGAGAACUGUCAAAGAUUGGCAAAAAGAUUGAUGAACGUUUCGAGGAGUUUAUGUGCCCAAGGCAUGUAUGCCACACUUGCGUAUCUGAUGACCCUCGUGGUUGUAAAACGAGAUUCAGCGGGGACAAAUUGGCUCGGUGCAUUAGAUGCCCAGCAACAUAUCAUUCUUUCACCAAGUGCUUACCUGCAGGGUCGCAAAUCUUGACUGCAUCACACAUCGUUUGCCCUCGACAUUAUGAACACAGACCUGGAAAAGUGCCAUGUCACGUAAAUACAGGAUGGUGUUUCAUAUGUGCAUUGGGUGGUUCCUUGAUUUGCUGUGAAUACUGCCCGACCUCAUUCCAUGCUGAGUGCCUUAAUAUAAAACCACCUGAAGGUGGAUAUAUGUGUGAAGAUUGUGAAACUGGCCGCUUACCUCUCUAUGGAGAAAUGGUCUGGGUGAAAUUGGGACAUUACAGAUGGUGGCCAGGAAUGAUCCUACAUCCAUCAGAAAUACCUGAUAAUAUAAUGGCGGUGAAACAUUCCCCUGGCGAGUUCGUGGUUCGUUUUUUCGGACAAUAUGAUCACUACUGGGUGAACAGGGGACGAGUUUUCCCUUUCCAAGAAGGUGACUCCGGAAGAAUAUCAAGCCAAAAAUCGAAAAUAGAUGCGGCAUUUACAAUGGCUAUGGAACACGCGCAGAGGGCAUGUAAAAUAUUGAAAAGUGCCGAAACGAACGAGGAAGAAGACACAGAUAUAGCGUCGUCUCUAUUGCCACCUCACUAUGUGAAACUGAAAGUGAACAAGCCAGUCGGCUCCGUGUGCUCGAGGCGAGUGGACGUGCAGGAGAGCUCGCUCACACAAUGCGACUGCAACCCAGAUGUGGAGGACCCAUGUGGACCUUACUCGCACUGUCUAAACAGAAUGCUUCUGACCGAAUGCGGUCCGAGUUGUCGAGCGGGUGAUCGUUGCAACAAUAGAGCGUUCGAGAAGCGACAGUAUCCGCGCGUCGCCCCCUAUAGGACGCCGCAAAGGGGAUGGGGACUGAGGGCACUUGAGGAUAUCAAAGCCGGUCAGUUUGUUAUAGAAUACGUAGGCGAAUUGAUCGAUGAAGAGGAGUUCAAGAGACGAAUGAACAGGAAGCAUGAAAUACGUGAUGAGAAUUUUUAUUUCUUAACAUUGGAUAAAGAGAGGAUGAUCGAUGCUGGACCUAAAGGGAAUCUCGCUAGGUUUAUGAAUCAUUGCUGUGAACCAAACUGUGAAACCCAGAAAUGGACAGUAUUAGGUGACGUUAGAGUAGGACUCUUCGCCAUAAAGGAUAUACCGGCGAAAAGUGAACUCACUUUCAACUACAACUUAGAAUGCGCCGGUAUCGAGAAGAAGCGUUGCUUAUGCGGCGCAAAAAGAUGUUCCGGAUACAUGGGUGCAAAGCCUAAACAGGAUGAACAGCCUAAGAAGCCUAAACGCACAUACAAAAAGCGUAAGCCCACCGAAGAAUCGCCUUCUACAAGCAAAAAUAAACCCAAACGAUCAGUAGGCAGACCCGCAAAGCCCAGAGAAUUGACUGAAAUAGAGAAAGAUUUAUUGAUUAUAAAGAACGCGACAAACGGUUUAUCGAGCGACUCGGAAUGUAGCGGAAGAGUUAGCGGUGUAGAAACAGAUAGAAAUGCGAAAGCUUUGAAGAGGAAAAGAGUCAGUUUCUCCACUGAGGAUAGUAUAACAAAUAAUAGUUCUCCAACCACGAAGAAAGCAAAAUUGGAUGACGAAAAAGUCCUAGAGGUGGGUGACUGAUUGACAAUUUAGAUGUUUAUUAUUAUAACAAUACGGUCGCAAUUGGUUCGUUGACGAAUAAAUUAUCUUAGGUUUAUUGUACAUAACUUUAUAUAGACAUUUUUAAAGUUUUGCUGAACUGUUGUGAUCUUUUGUACAUCAAAUGUUUGUUGAGAUCACUCGUGAACUGUUUGAAAGAAUGUCAGAAUCUUAAUAUUGGUUUGAUUCAUGAAUGUUUUCUACCAGCCUUUGCUAGGAUUAAAUUCACGUACGAAUUCUAAAUGGGUUAAAAUGUGUUGUGGCUGUUAGUUAAUAUACCGUGUAUAUAGUUUGAGAGAUAACAUAUUUUUUCAAAGGAAAGUAUUGCUUAUGUCAAUGGCAUACAAUCUAAUAAAUAUGAAUUGUAUUAUUGACAUCUUUGGUG